UUCAAAACGAUGCCUUGAGACACACGCAGCAUCUGGUGGAGGAUUAACAUACAUACAUGUGUAUGUAUGCGUCACGUAUAUAUUUACUGCAAAUGGUGGGGAUCAUUUAGUGCCCGAGAUGGGAGACCUGAAGUCAGGUUUUGAAGAGGUGGAUGGCGUGAGGCUCGGCUACCUCAUCAUUAAAGGAAAGCAAAUGUUUGCCCUCUCCCAAGUCUUCACGGAUCUGCUGAAAAACAUCCCGAGGACGACCGUGCACAAGCGCAUGGAUCAUCUGAAAGUGAAAAAGCACCACUGCGAUCUGGAGGAGUUGCGGAAACUCAAGGCAAUCAACAGCAUCGCCUUCCACGCCGCCAAAUGCACGCUCAUCUCCCGGGAAGACGUGGAAGCGCUCUACACCUCCUGCAAAACCGAGCGUGUCCUCAAGACCAAGCGCAGGAAGGUCGGCCGGGACCUGGCCACAAAGGCGCCGCCGCCAGAGCGCGCCGCCGCCGCCGCCAGCCCCCGCCCGGGUUUUUGGAAGGACAAGCACCAACUUUGGCGGGGCCUGAGCGGAGCCGCGCGGCCCCUGCCAAUCAGCGCGCAGUCCCCGCGCCCCGGCGCCGCCGCCGCGCGCCCCGCCGCCCAUCUACCUCAGAUUUUUAGCAAGUACCCGGGCUCGCAGUACCCGGAAAUCGUGCGCUCGCCUUGCAAACCCCCUCUAAACUAUGAAACCGUCCCGCUCCAGGGAAACUACGUCGCUUUCCACUCGGACCCUGCUUAUUUUCGGAGCCUGCUGUGCAGCAAGCACCCGGCCGCCGCCGCCGCCGCCGCCGCCGCCGCUGCCGCCGCCGCCGCCGCCGCCGCCGCUGCCUACUACCAGGCGGCCGGGCCCCAGCCCAAGGCGGCGGCGGGCGCGGGAGGCCCGGUGAGCCUGACCUACCGGUGCAGGCGCAAGCGCGGGGCCGCCAAGGACUGCCUGCUCGCGCCGCACGCCGGCGCCCGCCGCCUGCUGCUCCUGCCCAGGUCCUACAAAGCCAAGGCGGCGGCCGCGGCGGCGGCAGCGGCGGCGGCGGCGGCGGCCGCCGGGGCCACUUGCCUGGAGAGGUUUCAUCUGGUUAACAGCUUCUGCCCGCCUCCCCACCACCACCAUCACCACCAUCACCACCACCACCACCACCACCACCACCACCGGGCCCAGCAGCCGCAGCAGAAUCACCACCCCCCUCAUCACCACCGGCCGCAGCCCCAUCUGGGCAGCUUUCCCGAGAGUUGUAGCAGCGACUCCGAGUCCAGCUCCUACUCGGACCAUGCAGCCAACGACUCAGAUUUUGGCUCCAGUUUGUCCAGCUCCAGCAACUCUGUGUCCUCGGAGGAAGAGGAGGAGGAGGGAGAGGAGGAGGAGGAGGAGGAAGAGGAGGAGGAAGAGGAGGAGGGGGGCAGUGGGGCCUCAGAUUCCAGUGAAGUCAGCUCGGAGGAGGAGGACUCGUCCACGGAGUCGGACUCCAGCUCCGGCUCCAGCCAAGUGUCAGUGCAGAGCAUCCGUUUCAGGCGCACCAGCUUCUGCAAGCCUCCCAGCGUGCAGGCGCAGGCCAACUUCUUGUACCAUCUGGCCUCCGCCGCCGCUGCAACCAAACCCGCUGCUUUCGAGGAUGCCGGCAGACUUCCCGACCUCAAGAGUAGUGUCAAAGCGGAGUCGCCGGAGGAGUGGAAUCUGCAGAGCUGGGCCCCCAAAGCGUCUCCGGUGUACUGCCCGGCCAGCCUGGGGAGUUGUUUCACAGAGAUAAGGAACGAUAGGGUAUCUGAGAUUACAUUCCCACACUCUGAAAUUUCCAGUACUGUAAAGAGAACUGACCUGACAAUUAACUGCCUGGCGGAGGGGGCCUCUUCACCUAGCCCAAAGACAAACAAUGCAUUUCCACAACAAAGAAUACUCCGAGAGGCUAGGAAAUGCCUACAAGCAACUCCUACUCCACACUGUGCAGAUAACAACACAAUAGCUGCUAGGUUCUUCAACACUGCUUCUUCAGGAGCAGCAGCAAAUUCAGAGAAAGAUUCCAAAAUUCCUCCUUGUCCAGAAUAUGCUACGGAUUUGCCCUCUUCGCAAACCGAUCCUGAGGUGGAUGCAGCAGCAGCCACGAAGGCCGAGAACCCCUGCACUGACACAGGCGACAAGACAUUGCCAUUUCUGCACAAUAUUAAAAUCAAAGUAGAAGACAGUAGUGCUAAUGAAGAAUAUGAACCUGACCUUAUUACAAAUAAGCUAAAGUGUGAGUGCAAUGAUACGAAGGGUGAGUUUUACAGUGUGACUGAAAGUAAAGAGGAGGACGCCUUGCUAACCACAGCCAAGGAAGGUUUUGCAUGCCCUGAAAGAGAAACUCCUUCCUUCAAUCCACUGGCUCCGAGUCGGGGCCUUUCAUGCACUUUAGGUUCUCCAAAACCUGAGGAUGGGGAAUAUAAAUUUGGUGCCAGGGUGAGAAAAAAUUACCGGACACUAGUACUGGGAAAGCGACCUGUCCUUCAGACACCUCCAGUCAAACCAAAUUUGAAAUCAGCUAGAAGUCCUCGUCCUACAGGUAAAACUGAGACACAUGAAGGAACACUGGAUGAUUUUACAGUUAUAAACAGACGCAAAAAGGUAGCCAGCAAUGUAGCAUCAGCAGUGAAAAGGCCAUUUAAUUUCAUGGCAAAUUUUCCUUGUCCACCAUCCCUCAUUAUUGGGAAGGAUGGGGAUUUGUGGCCUGCAUAUUCCUUAAACACCACUAAGGAUUCCCAACCUCCUCACAAGGCCCAUCCUAUAUGGAAAUGGCAGCUGGGCGGUUCUGCAAUACCUCUCCCACCUAGUCACAAAUUCAGGAAAUUUAAUUCAUAAAAGUGUUUUGGAAGAUAUUUUCUUGAACCAUAUUACCUUCCUUUUGUUGUAAACUGCACAGGAUGGUUUGUACAAGUCCAUUAAUGUGUUACACCCCUUUUGGAGUCCUGGUUUAUCGCAUUUUGAAGACAGAAAUCGGAUUACUUUUUUUUUCCA